CAUCGCGGGCGGGGCGCGCGGGGGGCGCCGGACAACUGGCGGACGCAGACGGCGGAUGGCGCCCAGCCCCUCGGUUGUUUCUAGAAAGCCUCGACUGGUGUCUCCUGGGAAGGUUUUUUAAUGCCAACUUGAUGGACAAUGUUUCUGCUUGCAGGGGCUCCUGUCCCCUGAUCCUGACCAAGCGUGGAGAAAGGAGGCGAGGCUGAGCAUGGACCAAGGAGACCCUUCACCUCCUGCGCCUGCAGAAGAUGAGGCGAAGUGUGACACCAACAACAAUGAAGAGGAGGAGGGGGAGCUUUUUGACUUUGACAGCGGAGAUGAAGUCCCCGAGGCGGAUCGGCAAGCCCCAUCAGCCCACGGGGCCAGAGGCGCUGACUCAGUCCUUGCAGGCGAGAGCACCUCCCUCGCAGGAAAUGGAACUGGAGCCGAGCCUGCUCCCGAGGCUGAGCCCACAAAACUUGUGGUCCCAACAAGAGUGAACCCAUAUUCUGUCAUUGACAUCACGCCAUUCCAGGAGGACCAGCCACCAUCUCCUGAUGCCAACACAGAAGAGGAAGGGGUGGGCCUGCGUGUGCCUACUGGUUACUCUGUGCCUGUGCCUUGUGGCUAUGCUGUCCCAUCCAACCUGCCGUUGCUGCUGCCUGCCUACUCCAGUCCCGUCAUCAUCCGAGCCGAGUCUGUAGAGGAGGAAGAAGCAGCAGAAGUUUCGGGAGAUGGGCAGUGCAAUUCCCUAAGCUCUGAGGACCUUCCACACAGUGGUGAUCAAGGCAGCCAAGAAGGCAAUGCUCUGGCCCGGUGGGCAGCCGACCCUGCCAACACAGCAUGGAUGGAAAAUCCAGAGGAAGCAAUUUACGAUGACGUUCCAAGGGAGAACUCAGACUCUGAACCAGGUGAAAUGAUUUAUGAUGAUGUGGAGAAUGGAGACGAAGGCGGAAACAGCUCACUGGAGUACGGGUGGAGCUCCAGUGAGUUCGAAAGCUACGAGGAGCAAAGUGACUCAGAGGGCAAGAAUGGAAUUCCCAGGUCCUUCCUGCGCAGCAGCCACAAAAAGCAACUCUCUCAUGACCUAACCCGCUUUAAGGCGCACUGUGAGGAAAAGAUGAGAGGCCUGGUGGCCAGUACGGUGGGAGCCAUGGAGGUGCCGCAGGCAAAGCGCAGGCAGGAGCGGAAGAUGCAGAAGCUCAUGAAGGCAGCCAAGGAGGGCACCAAAGACGGGCUGGAGAAGACCAGAGCUGCCGUGAAGAGAGGCCGUUCCUUCAUUAGGACCAAGUCUUUCGUCUCCCAAGAUCACAGGUAUUGUUUUGAAGAAGAGCAGAAUUUGUUCAUCGAUGUUGAAUGCAAGCACCCGGAGGCUGUCCUGACCCCGAUGCCUGAGGGCUUGUCUCAGCAGCAGGUUGUGAGGAGGUACAUCCUGGGUUCCAUUGUCGAGAGCGAGAAAAACUACGUGGACGCUCUGCGGAGGAUUCUGGAGCAAUAUGAGAAGCCGCUGUCUGAGAUGGAGCCCCGUCUCCUGAGUGACAGGAAGCUCAAGAUGGUGUUUUAUCGGGUCAAAGAGAUCCUGCAAUGCCACUCCAUGUUCCAGAUCGCACUGGCCAGCCGCGUGUCUGAGUGGGAUGCCGUGGAAACGAUAGGCGACGUUUUCGUGGCCUCGUUCUCUAAGUCCAUGGUGCUGGACGCUUACAGCGAAUAUGUGAACAACUUCAGCACGGCUGUGGCCGUGCUCAAGAAGACGUGCGCCACAAAGCCCACCUUCCUUGAGUUCUUAAAGCUGAGCCAGGAUUCCAGUCCAGACCGAGUUACGCUCCACAGCCUUAUGAUGCGACCCAUCCAGAGGUUCCCACAGUUCAUCCUCCUGCUGCAGGACAUGCUGAAGAACACAGCCAAAGGACACCCUGACAGGCUGCCUCUUCAGAUGGCACUGACGGAGCUCGAGACCCUGGCGGAGAAACUAAAUGAGAGAAAAAGAGAUGCUGACCAGCGCUGUGAAGUCAAACAGAUAGCAAAAGCCAUAAAUGAAAGAUACCUGAACAAGCUCCUCAGCAGUGGAAAUCGGUAUCUCGUUCGAUCAGAUGAUGUGAUCGAGACCGUUUACAAUGACAAGGGAGAGAUCAUGAAAACCAAAGAACGCCGACUCUUCAUGUUGAAUGAUGUGCUGAUGUGUGCCACUGCUAGCUCACGGACCUCACAUGAAAGCCACGCUGUGAUGAGCCAGCGAUACCUGCUCAAGUGGAGUGUCCCUCUAGGACACGUGGAUGUGAUCGAGUACGGAGGUAGUUCAGGCGCUGGGGAGCACAGCAGGCACCAUGCCGCACACUCGCCUGAAAGCCUGGCCGUGGUGGCCAACGUGAAGCCACACAAAGUUUACAUGGGGCCAGGGCAGCUGUACCAGGAUCUGCAGAACCUGCUGCAUGACCUGAAUGUCGUUGGGCAGAUCUCACAGCUGAUAGGAAACCUCCGAGGGAGCUAUCAGAAUUUAAACCAGUCAGUAGCUCACGAUUGGACGUCAGGCUUACAACGACUGAUCCUGAAGAAAGAAGAAGAAAUCAGAGCCGCUGACCGCUGCAGAAUUCAGUUACAGCUCCCGGGAAAGCAGGACAAGUCAGGGCGGCCCACUUUCUUUGCUGCUGUGUUCAAUACGUUUACACCUGCCAUCAAGGAGUCCUGGGUCAGCAGCCUGCAGAUGGCCAAGCUGGCACUUGAGGAGGAGAACCACAUGGGGUGGUUCUGUGUGGACGACGAUGGCAACCUAGCCAAGAAGGAGACGCACCCUCUCCUGGUGGGACACAUGCCUGUGAUGGUGGCCAAGCAGCCAGAGUUCAAGAUCGAGUGCGCAGCUUAUAACCCCGAGCCUUACCUAAGCAACGACAGCCAAGCAGCUUCAUCCUCCGCAGCACGUGGCUUCCUGUGGAUCGGGAGCUGUAGCGAUCAGAUGGGCCAGGUCGCCAUCGUCUCCUUUCAAGGUUCCAACCCCAAAGUCAUUGAGUGCUUCAACGUGGAGUCGCGCAUCCUGUGCAUGGUGUACGUUCCCGCGGAGGAGUCGAAGCCCCAGGAGUCCAGCGAAGCCACGGACCCGGAGGCCACAGCCUCGAGAGCAUCCCAUGUGCCCACCAUCUGCCUGGGCACGGAAGAAGGAAGCAUUUCCAUCUACAAAAGCAGUCAGGGCUGCAAGAAAGUGAGGCUUCAGCAUUUCUACACCCCUGACAAGUCCACUGUCAUGAGCUUGGCCUGCUCCCCACAAGGCCUGUAUGCUGGCCUGGUCAAUGGGUCAGUAGCCAGCUACACCAAGGCUCCAGAUGGAUCGUGGAACUCGGAACCCCAGCAAGUGAUCAAGUUGGGUGUCCUGCCUGUCAGAAGCCUUCUCCUGGUGGAAGGUGCGCUGUGGGCAGCCUCAGGAGGACAGGUGUUCAUGGCCAGCAUGGAGACGCACACUAUAGAGAAUCAGCUGGAGGCCCACCAGGAUGAAGGGAUGGUCAUCUCCCACAUGGCUGUGGCUGGCGUUGGCAUUUGGAUUGCCUUCACCUCGGGGUCCACCCUUCGCCUCUUUCACACAGAGACCUUGAAGCACCUGCAGGAUGUCAACAUUGAUGCCCCUGUGCAUAGCAUGUUGCCAGGGCACCAGCGUUUGUCCGUUACCAGCCUGCUCGUCUGUCAUGGCUUGCUCAUGGUUGGUACCAGCCUGGGCGUUGUUGUGGCCCUGCCAGUCCCUCGUCUUCAGGGUAUCCCCAAAGUGACAGGGCGAGGCAUGGUCUCCUACCACGCACAUAACGGGCCUGUUAAGUUCAUUGUCAUGGCCACAGCUUUUCAGAAGAACAAGGACAGAGCCAGAGACAGCCCACCCUCUGGCCCUGAGCCUCAGGAUGAAGACCCCAAGGAUUUGCCCGGUGGCGGUGAGGACGGCACUUCUUGCUUGGGCCAUACUGACACCAACACAGCCACUUGGUUGGGAGACUCGUCAGGAUUGACGGCUCAGAAGAGUGACCUGUCUUCAUCCUCAGGGUCCCUGAGCCUGUCGCAUGGCUCCAGCUCCCUAGAGCACAGAUCUGUGGACAGCAGCCUGUGUGACCUCCUGAAGGACCCCAGUGGCUCCCCAAGGAGCAGGGCACAGCGCUCUCGGAGAGCCAAAGCCAGUUCUGCACUGGUGGUGUGUGGGGGCCAGGGCCACCGGCGAGUGCACAGGAAGGCUCGGCAGCCUUCUCAGGAGGACCUGGUGUCUUCAGUGAUGGUGUGGCAGAUCCCACUGCUAAGCACGUAGGGCAGAGGCUGCUGCCUGGCACGAGGGUGGCAAGCAGGGACAGCUCUCAGCGGGUGCAGGCCAAGUGGAAGAGGCUGCAUCCGUACCUCUGGGACCAACUGGAAGCAGCGUUUGGGAAAGGAGCAUGCAGCAGACAUACAGCUUCUGCCUCCUCCCACCACACAGCCGAGUCCAGAUGUGUGAGGGAGGCAGAGCAGCAUUAUGGCUGUUGAGUCACUGAGCAGAGUUCUGGGUAGUGCUACCUUCUGCCCCGUCAUUCACCCGAGGUGCCAAGUGCGCUAACGGCGUCAGUUCCGGACACACCUCAGAGAGCUGACAGGGCACUGUAGCAUCCAGGAGCAUAGGAGGCCAUUAACAGUUCUUAAAAUCAUUCUAUUUGACUUAGACUCACUACUGUUAUUUAUAUCCUAUAUAUUUUUUUAAAUCUCAGAAUAAAAAUUGUAACAAUUUAAAAAGCCAGGUGACACAUUCCAUCCAGUCCAGUCAACUUGUUUUGUUUGGGAGUGACUGGGGCUUUCCAAAGUGACUGAUACGUGUACUGUACCCUUUAACAAAUAGUGUUUUUAUAUUGCAUUUUCUAUUAAAAAUUAACUGUUAACAUUUUAGUCAAUAUUACUAGCUGUAGUGUUUUGUACAUAAUCUUUGCUUUAAGCCAAAAUAUUCAAUACCUGUCAACAUUUGGACUCCAGCUUCCAUGCCAAAUCAUCCUUGCCUUCUCACGCUAUUGACAGUAAUAUCUACAGUGGGACAUGUGCAGGUGCAGCCACGCAGGGAUGGUGCUGGCACGUGUGGGUGCAGCCACGCAGGGAUGGUGCUGGCAGAGGCUCGGGUCUGUGUACUUGCUGUCAGAAAGCCAGCCCAUGGUGCCCAUGAGUCAGCCAUCGCCUGCAUUGCCUGCCAUGCCGGUGUCCACCCCUCCCCCACAAAGGACAUACAGGGUCAUAU